ACUUCAAAGCAGGGGCGGACUGACCAUUUGGAAACUCUGGCACUGCCUGAGCGCCCGGGGUCAGUAGGGGGCCUCAUGAGAUGCCCCUGGUACCUUUUUCAUAGGCUUUUUUGAGUUUGGGCAAGGACACAGGGGCCCCAUGAUCCCCUAUUGCCCGGGGGCCCCAUGAGUUGUCAGUCCGCCCCUGCUUCAAACUUGGGCUAUGAUGUGUACAUUUAAAAAUCAUCUGCCAAUAUAUUGCAG